AGUGCCCGACGCUUCUGGAGGAGAUCCCCUGCUGUAUAGAGGCAACCUCCUGCCCGGCAGGCCGAAUUCCACCAGCUUCCAGUCAUGAAUCCGAGUCUUCUCUGGUUGAAUGGGUAUAUAGGAGUUAUCCACCACCGUGGAGGAACUAUGCUACUGCAUACCGGCGAUAUACCAUAGAAUGCAGGCGAUAUCCUGCCCGGGCCGGAAGAUUCCGCUGGCUCUUAGCCACUCGGCCUCGUAUCAGGCUGAUAUCAUCUCCUGCGAGGGAUUGCCCAUCCAGAACCCCCUCAUAAGUUGCAGCUGUCUGCUACUGCCUCGUCUUGCAGUCAUCCUGCGACGCACCUGCUUCCUACUUAGAAGACCCCCGUCGGACACCGCAGGUAACUGAAUGAGAGCCAUUCAUAUCGGUGAUACAACCCGCCUCCUUGUUUACUUGGAGAAAUCCCUCCUGACCCCCUCUUCUUCCCCUGCCAUCACGCCAAAAUGGACUGGGACCAUCUCGCGGAGCAGUCGAGCGAUCAGCUGUUUGCUGGCUGGCUCCGGUUGCUCUUUCAGAAAUCCCCGGCCCUGCCAUCGCGACUCGCCAGCCAGCACCGGGGGGGCACCGCCCCGGUGACGGAUGUCUCCGAGUUUACCACGGGGGCGUGCAACAUCUGCUGCAUCGUCACCUUUGCCGAUGGCUUCCGGGUGCUGGUGCGGUUCCCCAUCCUCGGUCGCAGUCGGUUUCGCACCGAGAAGACCCGCCAUGAGAUUGCGGUGAUGCGAUUCCUAUCGCGACAGACCACCCUCCCCGUGCCCCGGGUGCUGGGGGCGGGUCGGUGGGGGUGUGGUCCGUACCUGGUGAUGACCGUGGUGGAGGGCACCUUGUUGUCCCAGCGCCUCCGCGACCCGGCCGUGGACGCGCCCCGCCGGAACCCCCAGGUGUCCGAUGCGGACCUGGAACGGGCCUACCGCGCGAUGGCCCAGAUUGUCUUGGAGUUGUCGAAACCCACGUUCUCGUCCAUCGGAGCGCUGGUGGAAGAGCCGCGGGGCUGGAGGGUGGCUCCACGGCCCUUGACCCUCAAUAUGAACGAACUCGUCCGGGUGGGCAAUCUGCCCCCAGGGAUCUUCGCGGAGAAGACGUUUGGGACCGCCCGCGCCUAUUUCGAGGAACUCGCGACGCAGCAGCAGCUGCACCUGCAGCAUCAACGCAAUGACGCCGUGAAGGAUGAAGCCGAUUGCCGGAAAAAAUACCUCGCGCGCUGUCUGUUCCGAAAGAUCGCCCGCGAGCUCUACGAGGCGCAGCCCGGCCCGUUCCGCCUCUACUGUGAUGAUUUGCGCCCGUCGAAUGUCCUGGUAUCCGGGCCGGAGUGGACGACGACCGGCGUGAUUGACUGGGAGUACACCUAUGUGGCGCCGGCCGAGUUCACUUACACGGCCCCCUGGUGGCUGCUGUUCGAGAGUCCCGAGGCGUGGGAGACCGAUCUGCAGGCGUUCUUACCCCGGUUUACUCCACGGCUACGGUUGUUUUGCCACGUCCUUCGCGCCUGCGAGACGGAACAGAUCCAGCAGGGGACUCUGCACGACGCCGACCGACUCUCGGGUCGGAUGGCGCAGUCGAUGGACAGCGGGGUGUUUUGGUUCUGUCUGGCCGCGCGGAAGAGUUUCCUGUUCGAUGAGAUCUACUGGACGUUCCUGGACCCGCGAUACUUUGGGCCGGGCUCUCUGGAGGAUCGGGUUGCUCUGUUGUCCGCCGAGGAAUUGGUCGAGCUGGAGCGGCUGGUGCCGGUGAAGGUGCAGCAGGCGCGGGAGAAGCGCUUGGAGGAGCAUCUGUCGUUUGACGAGCUGGUGGAACUUUGACCGGCGUCUGUGCAGGGGUUGAUAUGGCAUGCAUGAUUCAUUUAUGCAUGUCUAUGAGGCAAGCAACCAAUCAGUCCUAUCCCUAACAUGGAGACUCAGCAACUCAGACAUAACGAAUAUAUUCAUGACAUCUUGAUUGGAGUCGGAGCGUCGGAGUAUAUAAUAGUAGUUUGAGUCGGAACGUCUACGUAGCUAGAUCCCUUAACGCCUGGCGAUGAUCU